CUCGUCGCAAACACCAGCACCAUGGCCACCGACAACACCAAGUACUAUGAGCUCUACCGCCGAAGCAGUCUGGGCGGCUCCCUCACAGACACGCUCGACAACCUCAUUACCGAGCGCCGCAUAGAGCCCCAGCUCGCCAUGAAGAUCCUCUUGAACUUCGACAAGGCCGUCGCCGAUGUGCUCUCGGAGAAGGUCAAGUCGCGCUUGACAUUCAAGGGACAUCUCGACACUUACCGCUUCUGCGACGACGUAUGGACCUUCAUCAUCAAGGACAUCAACUUCAAGCUGGACAACACGCACCAAGUCCACGCCGACCGUGUCAAGAUUGUUAGUUGCAAUGCGAAGCGUCCUGGCGAGGCCUAGAGCUGUACUAUAUCAUCUUUCUGGCGUUAGGGAUCAACCAAGGCUUUCACGAUACCUAUGGCAUAAAUGG